AGGAGGUAUGUCCAGCAGGUCCAGCCACCAGGGGUCCUGGGAGUGGGCAGGAGGGAGCUCCAGAGAACUGGGGAAGGGCGGGCUAGGCCGGCCCCUUCCUCCUUCCUCUGGCAGCCCCACCCCCACUCUGGGCCUCUGGGAACACAGGAUCCGAGCAGUGGACACACCAGCCCUGCGCCUCCAAGCCGUCAUGGACCCUGAAGGCCUGGCGCUGCUGCUGCCCCCCACCACGCUGGCCGCCCUGGCCGACAGCUGGAUCCGAGAGGACUGCCCGGGGCCCAACCACGCGGCUCUGGUCACGGGGGCGGCCCCCUCGCAGGCGGUCCUGUGGGCCAAGUCCCCCGGGGUGCUGGCUGGAAGGCCCUUCUUCGAUGCCAUCUUCGCCCGAGUCAACUGCCAGGUCUCCUGGUUGCUCCCCGAGGGCUCAAAGCUGGUGCCCGUGGCCAGGGUGGCCGAGGUCCGCGGCCCCGCCCACUGCCUGCUGCUGGGGGAGCGGGUGGCCUUGAACACGCUGGCCCGCUGCAGUGGGGUGGCCAGUGCCGCGGCCGCCGCCGUGGAGGCCGCCAGGGAGGCGGGCUGGGCCGGGCACGUGGCGGGCACCAGGAAGACCACGCCGGGCUUCAGGCUGGUGGAGAAGUACGGGCUCCUGGUGGGCGGGGCCAAGGCCCACCGCUACGACCUCGGGGGGCUAGUGAUGGUGAAGGACAACCACGUGGUGGCAGCCGGCGGCGUGGGAAAGGCGGUGCGGGGCGCGCGGCAGGUGGCCGACUUCGCGCUGAAGGUGGAGGUGGAGUGCGGCAGCCUGCAGGAGGCUGUGCAGGCGGCCGAGGCGGGAGCCGACCUCGUCCUGCUGGACAACUUCAAGCCCGAGGAGCUGCACCCCACGGCCGCCGCGCUGAAGGCCCGCUUCCCGGGUGUGGGCGUGGAGGCCAGCGGGGGCAUCACGCUGCUCAACCUGCCUCGGUUCUGCGGGCCCCACAUCGACGUCAUCUCUCUGGGGAUGCUGACCCAGGCUGCCCCCGCCCUGGAUUUCUCCCUCAAGCUGUUUGCUGAAGGGACCACUCCCGUGUACCCUGCCUUACCGUAGCUCAUGACUUCUCCCUCUAACCCUGCCCUGCCCAUGGGUACGCUCUCUCUUAAAUAAAGUCUUUUAAAAAAAAAGAAAGA